AUGAAAUUAAACUUCGAUUGUUUCAACGGAAACAACCAAGAUGAUUUUUUGGCUUCAUUUAGUAGAUAUGCUGUGUCCAGUAAUAUUUCGAUUAUUGCUGAUUAUCAAGGAUUCGAGGAUCUCUAA